GAAAAAUUAUCGAUGUUCUUUCUAUUUUGAAAACACUUUGAACAACGAGUAGAGAAAGAAACGUACAGAAAAGUUCUAUUCGUUUAGGAUAAAUUAGUUUAUGUAAAAAUGGCGGCAGCUGACUUCGAGGGAUCAGUAUCUCAAGCAAUCGGAGAGGUCGAUCAAGAAGUUGAAGCCCUUGAACAAGAAGGAAAAGAUAUGGAAAGUCUGAGCAAAGAAACGGAAGCUGCGAUAGAGAUGUUGAGCACUGGAGUACUCUCUGCUUUCCUUCCUGAGAUGGAUAACAUGAAAGAAAGAAUGAAUGAAUUAACUAAAAAUCAAGGCGUACUUAUUGAGACAAUGCAGCAAGAAAAUGCAAAAUUUGGAGAAAGUCAAGAAGCAAAGGCACUGAUUGAGAUCAUUUCACAGGUUAAAAGUUAUCACAGUAAACUAAAUAGAAUACAUCUUGAAAUGGAACAAAUAAAUGAAAGAGUGGCAAGACUCAAGAGAAGAGCACAAAAAUUAAAGGUACAAAAAGAGAAAGAAGAAAAGAACAAAUUAGAUGCCAAGAAACGUGAACAAGAAAUUGAAAGACAACUGAUUGCUAAACCAGCCACAGAUCAAGAAAUUGGGUUAUAUUCCUGUCCAAAAGAUGCCGAUGAAGUGUUGUACUUUAAAAGACUCACACAGCUAGCGAUCACCCCCACUCGAGGAUCGUCACAUGCCGCUGGUUAUGACUUGUAUAGCGCUUACGAUGUCGUUAUUCCUGCUUCUGGUAAAGCACUAGUAAAGACGGAUAUUGCUGUAGCUAUCCCUGAAGGAUGUUAUGGGAGAGUUGCUCCAAGGUCAAGUUUGGCUUGGAAGCAUCAAAUAGAUGUUGGUGCUGGUGUGAUUGACAUGGAUUACCGUGGAAACGUAGGCGUGGUAUUGUUUAAUCUUGGGCAGAAAGACUAUGAAGUUCAUCAAGGAGAUAGAGUAGCACAACUUGUGGUGGAGAGAAUUAGCAUGCCGGCGUUAGUUGAAGUGGAGGACCUUGACGACACUGCAAGGGGUGCUGGAGGAUAUGGAUCAACUGGGAAAUAGAUGAUCACAUGAUCAGCAAAUCAUGUGACCUUGCGCUAUCACUUUACACACUCCAAUAUUUGGCAGGACUAUACAUAUUAUAUACAGUAUCUAUAUUUAAUAAUCAGAGCAAUAAAUGAUAAACUAAAAGACUUUACUGGCUUAUUACUUAUUUUAUAGUUUUCCCACUUUAAAAUCUAAUAUUUAUCAGUUCUCACUAGAGGCCAAUAAGACUAGCAUGUAUUUACAGUAACACUCAUUUGGUCUAUAGACAGAUUAUAUGUAUAUAAUAAAAUUCUUCAUUUAACAA